AGAACAGACCUCUUAUAUGGGUGUCAUGUUCGCGAUGAUUCAUGGUGAUAUACUGAUAGUGAUUUGCGGAGCUUGAAAAUUUGUUAAAACAAUAUUUAAAGAAUUACAAUCACUUUAGAAGCAUACAGAUAAUUAUUCUGGUAAUCCGAAGAACAUUUAUUAUAUUGACACUCUUUGCGUGUAUUUUUUUUCAUGGAGACAUCGUUACCAAGUAACAAGUGACAGAACCAGAAUGGAUGUUCUUAAUAAACUUCGAAACACAGUUAGCAAUACUAUCAGCAAUACUGUCCAAAAUACGGCAUACGGCUUGUCACAGCUGUCCAGCGUUUUACCUGGCAAUCCUGUCACCAGGGAGUUUGAAGCGACCGCUCAUGUGGCGAGCGCUGGACCAGGAUUAUUAUGGAAGAUUUACAGCGGCUACAAAAAGUCUACCAAACAGGAAGCUGCGAUUUUUGUCUUUGAGAAACGUAUGCUGGAGAGAUGGCCCGCUAAAACGGAUCGGGAACUUGUAUUGGAGACUCUGAAACGAGGUGUGAUGCAGUUGACAAAACUAAGACAUCCGCAAGUUUUGAUUGUGCAACAUCCGUUGGAGGAAUCGAGGGACAGUCUUGCGUUUGCGACUGAACCAGUAUUUGCUAGUCUGGCUAAUGUACUAGGAAAUUAUGAGAAUAUACCUCAACCAACUCCAGCAAAUUUGAAAGAUUAUAAACUACAUGACAUAGAAAUACGCUAUGGAUUGUUGCAAUUGGGAGAAGGUUUGGCAUUUUUACAUGGUGAUGUAAAACUAUUGCAUAGGAAUCUGUGUCCAGAAUCAAUUGUUAUUAAUAUUCAUGGAGCUUGGAAGAUAUUUGGUUUUGACUUCUGUGCCUUAAAUCAAAAUCCAGACAGCAAGCAGCCAUCGUGGUUAUAUCAAGAAUAUGAUCCGACACUACCAGCAGUUGUGCAACCUCAGUUAAAUUAUCAGGCACCUGAGUGUAUAUUAGCAAGUAGUAAUGGACCAGCAAGUGAUAUGUUUGCCUUAGGCAUGCUGGUAUAUACAAUACAUUCCUUGCAACAUCAACCACUUUAUGAAUCUCAUAAUGAUUUAGGAAAGUGUCGACGUUUCCUGGAAAAUUUUAAGGGAUUCAAUGUAUCAGCAAAAUUACUUCCAAUUCCUGAGACUCUGAGAGAUACCGUAAAGCUUAUGUUGAGUCAUAGUCCAGAAUUGAGAUUAGAUGCUCAUCAAUUUAUUAAGAUCGAAUAUUUUACGGACAUUGGUGUUAAGACAUUAAAUUAUUUAGACAAAUUAUUCCAAUGGGAUAAUCUUCAAAAAUCGCAAUUUUACAAAGGUCUUCCACAAUUGUUGAAACAAUUACCACAUAGAGUUACUCUUCAUAGAGUAUUACCUGCACUUUAUAAAGAAUUGGUUAAUCCACCUAUGAUACCAUUCGUGUUGCCAAGUAUACUGCAAGUUAUGGAAGUUACUGAAUUAGAGGAGUUUCGAGAACACAUUCUCCCUAAUUUGAAACCUGUUCUUGCUUUGGAAGAUCCGCCACAAAUCAGUUUAGUUCUCAUGCAGCAAAUAAAUUUAUUAUUGAAACUGUGCCCUACAGACGUCAUAAAGACCGAUAUAGUGCCUAUGCUACUGCAUGCAUUGGAAUCUGAAUGGGAACAGCUCCAAGAGCUCUGUUUGUCGGCAUUGCCGAACAUAGCAACGAUGAUCGAGGGACCAGUUAUUAAAAAUGCUAUACUGCCGCGAAUGAAAAAGAUUUGUUUGUCGCCAGGAAAGAAAUCUACUAGUCUUGGAGUACGCGUUAACUGCUUGCUGUGUCUUGCGAAAAUGUUGCCAAAUCUUGAUCGCUGGCUGGUGUUUGAUCAAAUAUUACCGUUCCUACAAGAAGUUCCUCAUUCUGGCGAACCAGCCAUUUUAAUGGCUAUUAUAGGUAUUUAUCGAAUGCUACUAACUCAUAGUAAGUUAGGUAUGAGCAAAGAAAUAUUGGCGACGAAAGUAUUACCGUUCCUAUUGCCUCUUUGCAUAGAGCAAAAUCUUAGCAUGUCGCAGUAUGAGACUCUUUCCACAUUGGUCGUUGAUAUGAUAAAUCGAGUAACUAGCGAACAUCGAGAAGCGUUACGACAAUUGGACGCAGUACGUCGCGAGACCCAACAAUUCGAUCAGGCACUUUCUCAAGUAACGUCGCCCACUUUUAUGCAAAACAAUAGCUUGAGCGACAUUAAUUUGACGCCCGAAAUUCCACCCUCGAACACUAAUCCUAAACCUGUAAAUAUUGAAAAUGGAUUAACCAUGGAGGAUAAACUCAGAUUAAUUCAUCAGCAAGAAGCGCAUCAAAGAUUGCAAUCUCAAUCUAUAUUGACUCCCAAGAGUGUGUCACAACCUAUAAAAUCACAACCAAAGGAUUUAACCGCCACUUUGCUGAAAAACAAUUUAGAUGAAUUAAAUCUAUCCAUGUCAAAAUCGACUAUGUCGCAGCCAGAUUAUUCUAAAAAUACUACAUACAAGUAUAAUGAGACUAGUUUAACGCAAUCGCAAUUUUUAACAUCUCCAACGCAAGCAAUGUCGAAUAACAUUUUAACGAAUAGACCAAUGAAUUGGAAUUCUAAUGGCAUAAAUGCGCCUAUAAAUUGGAAUUUGCAACAAUCCACGUCGUGGAAUUCUAUCACUCCCCAGAAUUUUACAACACAGUCAGAAAUUAGGCCAAACUUAAACUUUUCCGGAACGUUACAGCCGUUCAUGUCGUCAACUAAUGCACAAACUAAUUCGAACAUAUCUACGAAUUCAUCCACGCAAGAUAUCAUGGACUUGCUCAGUUAAUAGGUAACCCAUUUUUAAUUGAUGAUAAAAUUUAAAAGAUAUGCAAUAUUAAAAAAUAAUAUAAUGCUACAUUGCAAUUGUAAUACAUUGUAUUCUCUUUAUCUAGUGGAAUUUCUAGUAUCUUUAUCGAAGAUGAAAGUUACCGUUAUUUAAUAAGAAAUUAUAUAUAAAAAAAUAUAUUGUUUUUUUUUGUCA